AGUAAAGAUAUACAAUAUAUUUGACGCAACUAUUGCGCGCAUUUAAACGCGAGAGCUCACAACAAGCUAAUACACCAUAGGUCCAAGUCAUUUGUACAACAAAAAGGACACGAAUUCGUGAAAGAGACAUAAUUAGCGAUUGGUUAUGUAUCUUUGAACAUUUGAUUUAAAUGAAUCUACACAUAUGUUUGUUCGUGUUUGUCCUCAAUGUUUUGGGGUCGCGUGCAGCACCAUAUAUAGAUGCCUACAUAAAUCCGGAGAGGUCCGAAUUUAAUUCCGGGGCUGCUCUUAACCCCGGUACGGACUUCCAGAUGGGUAACUGGACGAUGGAUUAUAACGACACCAGUGAUUUUGAAGUAGAAAUAUCAUCUUCUCCAGAACUGCUCGAAAGAAUACCCGGACAGACUGCCACUGUUACAGUAAAGGAUGAGAUGGAGCUGUUUUUGUUCAUGCCGGCCGAGGAAGAUGUCUGCUACAUCAAAGACAUGAACGACUUUGAGGACGACAAGGGAAAAAAGAAUAUGGUAAUGAGGAGGGACGACUGCAAUGACACCAACGACACACUAAUACCGAAACAGAUAAAUUUAUCACUUCCGGAAAAAUGCCGAUCACUUCCGGUCAAAUGGUUGGACGAAUUUUACUGCUACAACAACAUCAACCCAGACAACCCAGACAUUAUCAAAGCACUCCGGCCGUUCCCUGGUCAUAAACGGUUUUGUACCUACGAGUCCGAGACGGUGCGCACGCAGACUUGUUACUGUUGGUCGUGUGGGAACCCGCUAAUCAAAAAGAAGACACUUGUAUGUUUGCGCUCCAUGCAAAUCAACAGCUCACUUAAGUGUAAAAGGGAGAUAACGAGCUACCAGUCUGAUAGGGAUUACAUCGUCACCGAGGAAACAAACAACGAUAGACUUUACGUAUCGGCAGAUUGAAUUGUUUAUAAAUAAACGUCUUUUGGAUAGAAAACAAUUGAUCUACUUUACCGUCAGGAAUUAAAUCUCCGAGAAGGAA